AUGGAGUUGUUGGAAGCACUAAAAGAUACUGAAGAUCAUUUUGUUAGGGCUUAUGAUUCUGGUAAGGAUGUAUCCAAGAUGCUCGAGUGCAAUAGGGUUCAUGUACAGUCUAAUCUGUCUCUUGUGUCUAGUUCCAAGAACUCGUCGACAUGUAAAGAAUUUAACAAUGAUCUAUUUGAUGAUUAUGGAGGAAUGGCUUCUGGAAGCCCAUUUACUGACACUAGGAAGGCUAUGUGCUUGGGAAAAGAAACUUUACGAAUAGAAUACAUUACAGUCCAGAAAGCCUCCAUCAAGGCCCUCCAUGGAUGGUUGGCUAAGUUUGUUGUCGCUGAAGUUGAAUUCUACUCUAGAGGCACGAGUUCGACUCCAUGUUAUUCAAAUGGGCUCCCACCGCUUGUGAUUGUCGUGAUUGGUUGGCAGCAAGCGAUUAAGCAUCAGGAUGAAUACUUUAAAGAAAAGAAGGAUACGCUGGACAAUUUCCGAAAAAGGGUGGACCUAGAGAAGGAAAAACACCAUAACUGCGUGCAAGAAACUGAUAGGAUCACGCUAAAUGGGUUUUAG